AUGAAUCAACCAACUCAUAUUAUCGAUUCAGACGGUGAAGUGAUCAUCAUAUUGCGCAAUGCAAACUCUCCUUUUGCACCAGGGAUUGCAGAUACGAUGACUGGCAUGGCCCUUCCAGAAUCCGGUCACUGUGUCCAAAGUCCUGCUGAAGUGAUUGAACCCUCGCCUGAAGUGUUUGAACCCCAGCCUGAAGUGUUUGAAGCCCCGCAACCCCGUCCGAGGAGGCUGAAGACAAAGUACAAAAAGAAAAAGAAAUCGGGCACCAUUCAGACCCCUCCUGAAGCAGCAUCAGCUCCAUCUCCUGAACCAACACCGAUGGAAGACCCUGCUGCCGAAGAGCCUGUUCCUGAACCAGCUGCAUCUCCCGAACCAGCACCUAUGGAAAACCCUGUUCCCGAACAGCAUGUUGCCGAACAGUCCGUUAUCGAAGAUCAUGCUGUCGAGGAAAUAUGCGAACCGCUUGAUGAGAGUUGUUUCUACAUUCAAGUCUCCGCGAAGCAUUUGAUAUUCGCAACUCCAGUAUUCAAAAGAAUACUCACCGGUGGUUGGAAAGAAAGCAUUACCUAUCUUCGAAAAGGCUCAGUUGAAAUUACUGCAGAGGGCUGGGACAUCGAAGCGCUCUUGUGUGUGCUUCAUGCUAUUCAUGGUAAAUACUACGACGUACCACGAAAGCUCACCCUUGAGAUGCUUGCCAAAGUUGCUGCCAUAGCGGAUUACUAUGAAUGCAGGGAAUCUGUGUACCCCAUGGCAGAAACCUGGCUCAACAGUCUGGAGGAAAGGGUUCCUAGGACAUAUUCUCGGGAUUUGAUAUUGUGGUUGUGGGUUUCCUGGUUUUUCCAGCUCCCCUCCCAAUUCAAAGAAUCAACAUCAGUUGUCAUGUCAUGCAGUGAGAAUGUGAUUAGUGGUUGGGUACUUCCUAUCUCUGAUAAAGUCAUCGUAUCUAAUGGAAUCUCAGGGUUAAUGAACGAAUCGAGAGAGAAGGCUAUCAAUAGCUUGGUUCUUUUCCUUCAUGAAACACUGGAGGCCCUCCUGAGCCGCACUCGAGGCUGUAGCUUUGAAUGCAGCUCAAUGAUGUAUGGAGCUCUUGCGAUGCAUAUGGAGUCAAUUCAUCUUCUUUCGUCGAAGCCUGCAGUUCCUUUUCCGAAUUUGAAAUACAAUGAUCUCAGGCAGAAGGUAUUGUCAUUCAAAUCACCACAAUGGUGUGGUUGGUCCCGGGUAUUUUCAAAUUUUACAGAAACACACAGAUGUUACGACUCCUCCUUCAAAUCUCUAUUUGCGAACUUGAGUGACUGUAUUGAAGGUUUGGACCUGGAUAGCCUUGAUUCCCUGUAG